AUGCCAUCCGGGCCCCAUGCAGGAAAUCGAAAUCGUCCCGCUUACAGCGGCCAACAACGCUUCCGCUUCCCCAAGCAAAUCAUUCAAUUGUUUGCACCCCGCAAGCCCAUUGAGUUUAAGCCGCCCCCGCGGCAGCGGAAGCUCAAACCCAUGACAGGUUUGGGUACAUUCGUCUCCAUGUUUGAAGAUCCAAAAGACCAGAGGGAUACCAAAAUGGCUGAUGGAAACGAGGGCAAGCCUGAAACAUCCUUUGAAACACCUGCUCAAAGAAGACGGCGCGUUCGGAACGAAGCGUUGAGGAAGGUCUCGGAAAUCGUUGAAAAACGACGAGAGGAGUGGGACCCAAAAAGCGACGAUUCUGCAAAGACAAAGAAUGCGUAUAGCACGCUGUUCGUUGCCAAUCUCCCGUUUGCUAUGGUUGAGAAGUCAUUGCGGGAUGUGUUCGAGGUAUAUGGCCCAGUGGCAACUGUUGUCAUGCCAUCAGAUCGAGAGGAGGUUUCGAGAGGCUACGCAUUUGUUGAGUUUGAACGAGAGCGCGAUAUGAAGAUUGCAUGGCGGGAGGCGAACGGGAUGAGGGUAGGAGGCCGUCGCAUUCUGGUAGAUGUGGAAAGGGGUCGAACUGUUGAUGGUUGGCUGCCAAACAGGCUAGACGGUCCGAACAAUGCGUGCACAAGGAAGCGACGGAGUGAGAGGCGGGAGGUAAGGCAAAGACUAGAAAGUUAA